AUGCUUAAAUUUCAAAAACCUUAAACUUGCACAAAACAUCUAACCACAUAAGUAAUAGAGCGCUUCGAUUUUUUUGGAAUCCUUCCUCAAUUUAGAAUUUUGAAGAGGCAAAAGUUCUCUACUCCCUUAGGCUAAAUUCUAACCAUAUUAAUUUGCUUCGCUUAUUUAUAUUACAUCGCCCAUGAAUUAUUAGAUUUGUCAAAUCGAGAUAACCCUCGGGUAGUAUUCUCAGAACUUCAACCAUCAAACACGUCUCCCUUGUACUUUGGGAAUAAUAAUUUUACAUUUGUGUUGACAAUCGCAAAUCCACAAUUAAGUUCGUUGCAAACGUUAAACAAAUAUUUCACUUUGAAUGUACAAAAUUGUCUAAGAAAUCGUUAUUUAAAUGCAGAAGGAGUUUCCCAAAUAGAUUAUAACUGCUCCAAUAUACCAUUAGAGCCAUGUCAAAUGGAAAAGCACUUUUCAUCACAAUAUCAGCAGGACUAUUUUCAAAAAUUUAAACUUCAAUAUAUGUAUUGUCCAUCCAUCGACUAUUGGCAAUAAUACCCUUUGCAACUCCAAGGAUAUAGUCAGGAAGAUCGAUUUUAAUUUUUGACAGUAACUUUUAGCAUAUGCAAAAAUACUACCAAUUAUUAAGGCUGUGCUCCUUUGGAAGAAAUCAACAGCUAGAUGUAAACAGGCUUUUUUGUCAUGUAUUUAAGCGACACCUUAAUCCAAAUGCACUCUCCCUCUAAACCAUAUGAAGAUGUCAUCUCCAUUUAAUAUUCCCCAUUUUCCUUAACCAACUCAAAGUCCAUACAUUCCACCUUCAAAGUCACUGAAACUACUACCGAUUAUGGUAUUUUGCAGACUGACAAUCUUUUGGAUACUGCCAUUAUGCAAUCCACCAUCAAAGAGGACAAUGUACCUUAUAAUCAGUAAUAUCUGGUCCAAAAUUCUAUCUUCUUAGAACAGAGAAGAAAUCAAUAUCAAAGGAGUUAUCUUAAACUCUACACUCUGUUGGGAUAAAUUGGAGGUCUGUGGUAAAUCACGAUCAUUUUUUUCAAUUGUCUAUUCUAUCCUGUCUUGUUCUCUUCAAUGAAUCUAGCUAUGGCCAACAAAAUCUUUAGAUUUGAAAGCAAGGAAUCCCUUGAUCUAGAUAUAUUGUCAGUGGCCAAAUCGGUUCCGAUUGGAAAUCAAUUAAAUAAAAGCGAUGUCAAAGAUUACCCUGGGGAUGUUCAGAAAUCAGAAAACAUUUAAAUUAGAAAGUCUUUUGCUGAAUUCUCAAAAACUUAAUAGGAAAUCAAAAAAUUCUUAAGAAAAAAAAAGUCUUCGUUAAAUUUUACUCUAAUUGACAAUCUCAAAUUCUUAUUGGGUUUCAAAAAGGACAAAUAACGACAAUUAAAAUAUGCUAUGAAUAAAAUAAUUAAUAAAUUAGAUAUUUGUUAGUUGAUCACAAAAUUCAAUGAAUUGGAUAAGUUGAAACAUAUCUUAUUAAACAAAGAUCAAUUGGCUCUAUUUAAUUAUAUACCAAAACCUAUGAUACCUUAUGAUAUGUUUGAUGAUAAUUUCGAAAAAAAAAUAAAGGAAUUAGAAUAAAAGCAAGAAUAUAAAUUCAUUUUGGAAAAUGAAAAACCAGAUGUACUCAGAUUGGAUGAUGCUUAUGAGGCCUAUUCAAAAUUAAUUAAAAAGCAAGAACUCACUUAAACUGAUGAGGCCAUACUAUAAUUUAUGGAUGAUGACAUUAAACGAUUGUUUUCUAGAAUAUACUCCAAUUAAUUGGAAAUGCUAUGCUAAAAUCUUUAAUCGUCUCAAAUAUUCAUGAAAAAUAAUACUGAAAGAGUUGAUAUCCAAGAUGAACCCCAUAUCCAAUUGGUUUUUGGUAGUAUUACAAGCAGAUAGUAUUGA